GUCUAUAUACAUUAAAGAUUCAUUGUUAUAUUGUUGAAAACAUCCAGGCCAGUCAAGAAUGACAAUAAUAACAAAACAAAUUUUUUAGGUGCCUUAUUCGCUAUAAUAUCAUUAUGAUGUUAUAAUUUUAUCUAUACGUUUUUGGUUUUCAGCUUAAUUUUUGAAAUGCAUGGUAGAUUUACUUAUGACAACAUAACAUACAUACUUUAAAUAAAAAUGUAUUUAUUAAUUUUUAACAAUGAUUCAUUUAUGUAGUAUUAUCUUGCUAUUUCGUUUACUAACUAACUAAUUUUUUAGUGUUUUGGGGCCUUAUUAUGUCUGACUUGAGACAAUAUAUUUUCAAAAUAUCUAGGUUAGGAAUAACAAGCACAACACUCGUACUUUGUUUGCCUUGUAUCAAAGUGACUGUUUAAUACAAAAAAAUAAAUUACUAAACAAUUUAUCUUAGGAUCUCUAUUAAAAUAAGCAAUUUUAUCUUAUUUACAAUUAACAAAGAAGUAAAAAAAGUAUACUACUUGAGAUGGCUUCUAGUACUAAAAGUAUUAAGUUUAUCUAUCAAUUACCAUAUCUUGAACGAGUGGAAUUAUGUAAAAUUUUGAAUCAAAAUAACAAAUGGGAAGAACUUGCAGGUGUUUGGAUGGGUUUCAAUAAUCUUGAAAUUCAAAAUUUAAGAAAAGAACAAAAUCCUACGGAAGAACUUUUAGCCAUAUGGGAAAAGCACAAUCAUACAGUUUUAGAAUUAUUUAUGUUACUAGCCAGAAUGCAUCAUUAUCAGGCAAUGCUGCCAAUAAAGUCAUUUGUCGAUAGUAAAUAUCAUACAUUACUGUACAAUGGCGAAGGUAAUCUUCAAAAACUCCUGCGCAAUGGCGAGCUUAGAAAAGAUACUAAGGAUCUCAAAAUAGGUGCACAAAACUUCAAUCAAAAGCAAAAAUGUCAAGAAAAUGCCGCUAAAAUACUUGUCAAUAAUAGCCUUAAGGAUGAGUCGUCUAAAAUAUUGAAUCAACCUAUGCCACAUGAUCAACAAAAUGAAACCCCAAGUAAUUCAAAUAAUUUAUUGGCAUCAUUGCCUGCAAUUUUUUCCACACUAUUACCUCGUAUACCGUAUAGCGAAUUAGCUGCUGCAACUGACAACUGGAAAAGAGAGCAUUUACUUGGCAAAGGAGGAUUCGGAACUGUUUUCAAAGGUAUUUGGAAAAAUACUGAAGUUGCUAUUAAGAAGAUUGAACCAAGGGGUUCUGAUUAUGAUGAGAGCUAUGCAUUACAAUUGGAGCAAUCAUUUCGAGAGAUUAAAAUUUUGAACUCAUUGCCGCAUGAAAAUAUAUUACCAUUGUAUGCAUACAGUAUAGGUGGUGAAGCACCUUGCCUCGUAUAUCAGUGCAUGAAAAAUGGUUCAUUAGAGGAUCGGUUACAUUUGAAACAUGGAUCUUAUCCGCUUAACUGGAUCCAAAGGCGAGAAAUUGCAAAAGGUAUAGCCCGAGGAUUACAGUAUCUGCAUACUAUACAUGAGAAACCUUUAAUUCAUGGAGACAUCAAGAGUGCAAAUAUUUUAUUGGACAAAAAUUUUGAACCAAAAAUUGGCGAUUUUGGACUAGCGCGGGAAGGUUCAUCAGAUGACUCUCUUAAAGUGAGCAAAAUUCAAGGUACUCGGCCAUAUUUACCCGAAGAAUACAUCUUUAAAGGGAAUUUAUCAACCAAGAUUGAUACAUACAGUUAUGGCAUUGUUUUGUUCGAACUGGCUACUGGUCUGUCUGCUUAUGACAAAUCAAGGCCAACGAACAAAAAAUUGAAAGAGUACGUGGACAGUUUUGAGGAUAAAGAUUUGCAUUUAUUGAGAGAUAAAAAAGCAGGGGAUAAGUACAUCGAAGUAUAUAAAUACUUAUUGUUACUUGGGAAGUGGUGUUCAAAUAAAUUAGCAGAGCACAGACCACAAAUGUCAACCGUGUAUGAUAAAUUCAAAAAUUAAUCAUAUACGAUAUAACUUCCGACUUAAAUGGUUUCGUUUUACACAGCGCUUAGCGGCCACGCCACACAUGCAGGUGCUAACUAUACGUGUUGUGCAAAAAAGAAAUAUUUAAGACGCAUAUGUAUCUCGUAAUAACUAUUUUUCGAUUUGUUGUUAUUGCUGUUGUUUGUCAUUAUUCGCUAUAGUACUUCGAAUAUCGAUUAUUAUAUUGAUGUACCAUUAUUUGUUAUUAUUUCUUACAAUCUGAAAAUACCUACUUCCACCAGGAGCGCUAAAACUCGAGAAUGAAAUUCAAACUUUAGUAGUAGAGUAAAGUAAUAGAAUAUUAAUUGUGCGCAAUAUAUAACAAAAAUGAAAAUAGCUCAUAUUGCGUAUACCUAUAAAUUUUAGCCUUUUUAUAUGUCUAGAUAAUAUUUGUAAAUUACAACGAUUUCGUGUACAGCGUACAUAAGAAAUAAUUAUUUUUAUACUAUUGUUACAUGGUUAUAUGUAUAUUUUUACGUGAAAGUUUUGUCCAUCAUCUGCUUAAUCAGCGAAUUGGUUGAAAGCUUUUAUACGCCUGAUUUUAUCAUGUAUCCUAUCCAGUAUGGGUAUAAGCCAAAUAAAGCUUAUGUUAUAUUUAUAAAAUUAAA